CAGGGGGCGGGGUUGAGCCUCCUGCACCACUCGGGUUCCAGCCUAGCCUCACGGACACUGAGAUGGAAAUCCCCAGGCUGCUCCCAGCUCGCCAGACUCUACAGGGCAGCGUCGCUGGCAGCUCGGUUGGCAGCAGCCGGGUUUACGGAGGUCCUGACCAGCGUGCUGGUCAGGUAGCCGCAGGACACUUUCUGCUGCUGCGGGGCCCUCAAGAUGGCGGGUCAGGGCGGCAGCGCAGGGAGGCCCGCGCCGCUUCUCAGGGCCCCGGCCAGAGCACAUUGGCUUUGAGGCCUAAUUACUCAGUUGGCUGUGGCGGCGGCGGCGGCGGCGGCGGCGGCAUCGGCGGCGGCAUCGGCGGCGGCAUCGGCGGCGGCAUCGGCGGCGGCAUCGGCGGCGGCAUCGGCGGCGGCAUCGGCGGCGGCAUCGGCAUCGGCGGCGGCGGCGGCGAAAAGGACUUUUUCCUGGUGCUGCUAGAUCCGGUGGGUGGAGACUUGGAGACCUUGGGCGCGGGACAGGCCACAGGGCCUAUGUGGAGGGAGGUGACCGAACCUGGCCCAGGGCUCCGGGGGGGAGAGACUAGCGUGAACCUCGUGAGCUGCCCUGCAUUGGGCCCUUGUUGUUUGUCCGCGAUGCCGGCCCGAGUCCCGGCCCUAGUCCCUAACCCUGCCAAUGGCCUGAGCCAGGCCAAAGCCUUCUCAGGCACCGUUACCAUCCACAAUCAGGACCUGCUGUUGCGCUUUGACAACGGCGUCCUCACUCUGGCCACGCCCCUGCUUCCAGCCUCCCAGCCUGGAGUGCAGAUCUCACAGCCGGGAGGUCUGAUCCCCCCACAGGCAAGAGUCCUGCAGAUUGCGCAGCCAGGCGACUGCCCUGAGCUGCCGCCUGACCUCUUGCUAGAGGAACCUACUGAACCCACCCCCACUCCCGUGCCUGAGGAGGAGAUGGAAGGCCAGGCAGCCUGCGAGAGCUCAGGUGGGCCACUGGGCCCUGGCCCAGGUAUAGUGCUAUACAUGUGUCCUGAGGCACAGUGCGGACAAACUUUCCCCAAGAAGCACCAGCUGAAGGUGCAUCUGCUGACACACAGCAGUACUCAGGGCCAGCGGCCCUUCAAAUGUCCCCUGAGUGGCUGUGGCUGGACUUUCACCACAUCAUACAAGCUUAAGAGACAUCUUCAGUCACACGACAAACUGCGACCUUUCGGCUGCCCUGUGGAGGGUUGUGGCAAGAGCUUCACCACGGUGUAUAACCUCAAAGCGCACAUGAAGGGCCACGAACAGGAGAACUCUUUCAAAUGCGAAGUAUGCGAGGAGAGUUUUCCCACACAGGCCAAGCUCAGUGCCCACCAACGCAGCCACUUUGAGCCAGAGCGGCCCUAUCAGUGUGCCUUUUCUGGCUGCAAGAAGACAUUUAUCACGGUCAGUGCCCUUUUUUCCCAUAACCGUGCACACUUCAGAGAACAGGAACUCUUUUCAUGUUCCUUUCCUGGCUGCAGCAAACAAUAUGACAAAGCUUGUCGUCUGAAAAUUCACCUGCGUAGUCACACCGGUGAAAGACCUUUCCUUUGUGACUUUGAUGGCUGUGGCUGGAACUUUACCAGUAUGUCCAAGCUCUUACGGCACAAAAGGAAGCAUGAGGAUGAUCGGAGGUUCAUGUGCCCGGUAGAAGGCUGUGGGAAAUCUUUCACAAGGGCCGAACAUCUAAAAGGCCACAGCAUAACCCACCUGGGCACAAAACCUUUUGUGUGUCCCGUGGAGGGCUGCCGUGCCAGGUUCUCUGCUCGCAGCAGUCUCUACAUUCACUCCAAGAAACACUUGCAAGAUGUGGACACUUGGAAAAGCCGUUGCCCAGUCUCCACUUGUAAUAAACUCUUCACAUCCAAGCACAGCAUGAAGACCCACAUGGCCAAAAGGCAUAAUCUCCAUCAGGAUCUCUUUGCUCAGCUAGAAGUUGCAAAUUCUCUUACACCCAGCAGUGCACUUACCAGCCAGGGACAGAGCGAUGUCAGUGAUGCAGAACUAGUCUCUCUCUUCUCUGAUGUGUCUGGCAGCAGUUCUGCUGCAGUGCUGGACACAGCUUUGGUGAACUCUGGAAUCUUGACUAUUGAUGUGGCUUCUGUGAGUUCAACUCUGGCAGGGAAUCAUCCUGCUAAUAAUACUAAUGCCUUAGGGCACUCUGUGGACUCUCGGGCCUCAAUGACCACUGGUGACCUUCCUCAAAGUCUGGACAUCUCCCUCUUUUUUGGAGCCACAGCUGAAGGUUUCCAGCAGAACCCUUUAGAUGGGGAUGAUACCCCAAGUCUCAAUACAGGGCCUUUGGGGCCUCUGGGCUCUUUAGCUAUGAAAAGCUCGGGUCAGGAACCCCAAGCUCUGACCCCCAGCAGCAAGCUAACAGUAGACCCAGAUCCCCUGACCCCUUCAAGCAGUCUUUGUGAAAACAGUGUCUCAGAACUGCUGAUGCCAGCUAAAGAGGAAUGGAACAAACAUCCUGACUCUGACUUCUUUGGACAGGAGGAAGAGACCCAGUUUGGGUUCUCCAAUCCCACAGGCAACCAUAGCUCUCAGAAAGAGACAGAUCUUAUCGCUGUGACUGACAGCUCAUUUUUGGUUCCUGGUUUAUAUUUGAAUGCUUUUAAACCACCAAGUAGCAGAAGCUACCAAUGAAGCCAACUGACUUCCCUGGCAGAUGACCUCACCAAUGAGUCCUGGAACCCCAUCCACGGAGCCCUACUGGACUAGGGAAAGAUACGAAAGGGCUGGGGGUAUGGAUCAACCUGACAAUGCCCAUAUCCAUUGGAGAAGCAAUUAAAGAAGCCAGACCUUCCACUGUCUGCAUAACAUAAAGAUCUUUGGUCCAUACUCCCAGAGGCUAUAAAGAAUAGGGAUGUUUCCAAUGGAGGGGAUGGAAUUCUAGUGGCAGGAAUUGUGUGGAAAUGUACCCCUCUUAUCCCACAAUCUUGUCAAUCAUUAUUAAAUCACUAAUAAGAAAUAAAUAAAAUAAAAAUUGGAAAUAAAAAAGGUGGAAAAAUUUAAUAUAACACUUGUACAGACAAUAAAUAAAUGUUUAUAGGGAUUAAGAAGCAGGGAAAGGAAUCACUUUCCACAGGUUAAGAUCUGUAUUUUUCCACACAAUUCUUUUGUGACUUUGCUUAUAUCCCUAAGACCAAAUUAUAAUGUCUUUGCUUUGUAAUCAAAGCCAACGCUUAGAGUGACUGUUGACUCAGUGCCAAGAGAGCUCAUUGCUUGUCUUUUACUAGUGUCAGAAUUUAUUUAUUAAUAUCUAUUUUUAGUUUUGACUAAACAGUGUUUGUUUUGCACGAGCAUUGCAUUUUAAAAUUUAUAUUGUACAUUCACAACUGAUAUAUUUGAUAGAAUUUUAUGAUAUAGGGAUGCAAAGAUUUUAACUAUCACUUCUUAAAAUGUACUUAGUUGUUAUUACAAAUGACUUUUAUUUAAUAACACACAUAUAGAAAUAAGGUAAUAUUUAACAACUUCUAUAUUGAUUAUUCUGAGUUUCAUGAUUACUUGUGUUUAUAACCAAUUCUACCUUAAUUAAUGUUUAUCAUUUUCUUGCAGCUCUGUUCUCUCUCUACUCUGUUCUCUAGCAGUCCUCAAGAAGAUCUCCAGUUCUCAAGAUCCCCCUCUCUCUCUCUCUCAUUUUAACUAGGCAUGUCAUUUUCAUGAUCAUAGCUUGUCAUGAGCUAUUUUAUCAAACUAUUUACUGACAGUUCAUAUGAGUAUUUAUUUUUUGGUUUGGACUUCAGUGUGUUUAUAUGAAUCAGUGAUGUUUUAUGUAAGGUCUUACUAAGGUAAGACAUGUCUUUUAAUUUUCCUUAAAAAAUGACAUGUAGUUCUGCCAGUAAAUUUUGCUUGUUGUUGUGAAACAUUCUAACCGAUUACUAUUUGCAUGUAGGUUUGUGGCUUACCUUUCUCAUAGUUUGUUGGCAGUGUACUUUACCACUGAAAUGUGUCUAAACUGUAUCAGUCAAUGAAAAAUAAUAAAAAUACAUAUAUUUGUAAUUCA